UCUUAAAUAGAAGUGAAGACCAGAAGGUGCCAUUAGAGGAAAGAAUUGCAGUGGAGUAAAACUGAAAGCUGCUCUGGACCAGGCUUUUAUAUUAGAGAAGAAAAAUUUAAUCAUGUCAACAGAACAUGUGUCGCCACUUGACAUCACAGAAGACAGAUUGGAUAAGGGAGAACAGCUUUUAGAUAACCUAUCUGAACAACUGAUCAGAAGCUGUGACAUCCAAAUUAAAGCAAGACAAAAGACUCCGCAAGUCUCCCAGAGCAAGGAGGUGGCACAAAAACAUCCCCGCAGAAAAGACACACCAGCGUUACACACACCACCAAUCUUACAAGAUUUCUCAGAUAAAUUAAUGAAAACCCGUGAUGCAAUAAAGAGACAACAAACAAGUAAAACAAUCCAUCCUGUGUACAAUAAUGAGCAGGUGCUGAUGAAACCUAAAAGAAAAGACACCCCUGCUUUAUACAUAUCACCUCUUCUCCCAGGAGCUAAACUUUUGAAGGAUGAGCAAAGAAUUGUUAUUCAAGAGGAUGAAGAAAAAGAUGGAUAAAGUUUCUGCAAACUCACUUACGUACUGUCAACAAUCUUUUCCCCUACAUAGUUACAACAGUGGUGUUUUCCUUUUCAUGUGGUUAUGCGGCACUUUGGUGGCAGUGCAUUAAAAAUACAUACCCAGUGCCAUUUGAAGAUGCCAAAAAGUAAAUAUGUAUAUAAUUUUUGAUACACUUCUUUUACUCUUUUUUUCUCAGUCAUCAAAAUAUUUUUUUUAAAUUGGCCAUGGUGAUCACAUUUGAUUAUAAUUUCAGAAUAACCAGUAAAGAUAGAGUAUAGUAAUUUAACUUGGUAUUGCUGGAUAUAAUUUUAAAAUGAUUAAUAAUUGACAGUACCUGUUGCACAGUCAUUAUUCAAGGUUGGAAUUACAAAUGCAAUUAAUUUAUUUAAUUUUCUCAUAUUUUGUUUUUCCAUACAAUCUUUUUUUAACAUCUGCCUUUUUUAAUAAAAAAAAAA